AUGAACGACGACGAGUUGUCUGUUUACCAAAACAUGACCAGGAAUGACAGCGUAGGGUCCAUAAUCUCAAAUCCAAAAUGUUUUUAUCUUGACCCGCAAAACGACUUUGAACCUGGAGGAGUUCUUUACAUCGAGUCCAUGGUUACCACAGUGGUCAAUAUGAUCUGUUCGCUCAUCGCUACUUCGGGGAACGCCAUUAUCAUCUUCACUUUCUAUAAAUCGGACCAUUUGCGAUCACAAUCUCAUUUGCUUCUCUGGUGUUUGGCCUUUGCCGAUUUCACAACUGGUUUGAUUGUUCAGCCAUUUUACGGGGCGUACAAGAUCGCCCACCUCGCCGGACAUAGAGCAACAUCGUGCGUGCUGAGGAUUAUUUUAGAGACGGUAGCGUGGUUUUCGGCUGCCAUGUCGUGCGUGUUGUUUGCAACCAUCACCGGGGAGCGCUAUUUAGCUCUCCACUAUCACCUCAGAUAUCAUGAAGUUGUCACCACACGGAAGAUUCUAAUCUUCAUUGCAUACCUUGUCAUUUCGACAGCGAUCCUGAGUCUUUCAAGAUUCGCCGUGAAUGGUGUCAAACCAUUCUUGUAUAUAAACAUCUUCGGGUUGCUUUCGUCUCUUUUCACGCUGUUUAUCUGUUACUGGAAAAUUUACAAACAGGUUCGCCGACAUUUUUGCCAGAUUCAAGCUCAGAGCUUGCUACAAUAUCAUCUACACUUGUUUCAUUUUUUUUCUGUAGUGCCACGCUCUACCUACUCCGGUCGUCAGCUGUUGGUGGGGUACUGGGGACAAAACGGAGCUGGACCUGCUAAUGGGCCGGCAAACUACGAGAAACCGCUGUUCGAAGUGUGUCAGACAACGAAGUACGACAUUCUUGCCGUGUCCUUCGUCAUAGUGUUCUUUGAUUCAAGGAAUAAAGGCCUUCCUGCGCUCAACUUCGCCUACCACUGUGAGACUCCAGUUUCCCCGGAGUAUCCAUUCCUACUUCGAUGCCCUGAGAUCGAGAAAGGAAUAAAAGAAUGCCAGAAAAGAGGAAAAAGAGUCUUGAUGUCUAUUGGUGGAGCGACUGGGGAUGGCACUCUGCCCGAUCCUGACAAGGCCAGAGAAUUUGCACGUACACUGUUCGACUUGUUUCUGGGAGGUAGUGGCUAUCAAAAAAUAAGGCCUUUUGGGAGCGCUGUUAUGGAUGGUAUUGACCUGGAUAUCGAGGGAGGUGACUACAAAUACUACCCCGAGUUUAUAACUGAAUUGCGCACGCUCAUGGAUAAUGACCAGUCAAAGGGCUACCUGAUCACGGGCGCACCCCAGUGUCCAUACCCCGAUCAUCACAUGGGACCUGAGAAGCCUGGAUCUGGAUUGGAGGAGGCUGGGCAACACGUUGACCAUCUUUACAUACAAUUCUACAACAACUACUGUCACACAGGCGCUGGCAACUGGUUCACUGAAACUUUGGAUAAAUGGCUGGCGUUUUCAAAGAGAAUGAAACCACAUGGACCGUUGAUUUUUAUUGGCAUGCCUGCGGCUACAAAGGGAGCAAGUGGAGCACACUUCUACAGGCCACCGGCUGAGCUGACUACCUUAUACCAGGUAUGCGGUCGGUAUAGGAUGGACAUAUUCAUAACACCCAAAGAAAAAUGAU